UUGGGGCAUUUGGUGAAAUAAGUUUGAUAAUAGGGGUAUUUGGUGAAAUAAGUUUAAAAAAAAGGGGCAUUUGAAACUAGGCUAACGGCGGACUAACGGACCGUUAUCAGUAAGGGUAUUUUGGGUAUUAAGUCAUUUGUCAGGGGUAUUUGGUGAAUUAUUGGAACUUGAUGGGCAUUUGGUGAAUUACAUCAAAACUCAGGGGCAUUUCAUGAAAUAUCCGAAUAUUUUAUGCACUCCAUACUUUCUCCGACGGGAUAUGCUCCGUACUUAACUUUUUUAAUUCAACAAAAUUGCCGACGGCCCGCCUAAUUCAAGUGGAAGAACGCAGCAAGUUGGGAAUUUGGGAUUUUGUAUCACAUCACCGUCCAUGGCCACCACCACCACGGGUGGUUUGCAAUUAAAAAAUAUAAGAAGUUGAGACGUGGGUUUCUGGGUUCCGAUCCCAACGGUGGGCACCUUUUUGCAAUUAUUUUUUAAUAAAACUACCGCCUUUGUAGUUUUCAGCUACAAUGUACAAGAAAAACUCCCAAUUUAGACGUUACUUCUGCAAAUUCACACCAAUUUUCGCAGAAAAAUAUAUUUCCAGCACACCCCCAUAUCAGAUUGCACAUGGGGUUUAUGACCAUCUUCUAAGAUUAUGCUUGGAACAAUGUGGCAAAGUCAAGAGACGCCAAGUGUUCGAUGAAAUGCCUCAGAGAAUAUCCCAAGCUUUUUAUGCUUGUAAAGUUAUCCAUGCUCGGAGCUUGAUCUUGGGGUUUGGGUUAAAUGGGAAGUUGGGAAAUGCAAUUCUGGAUUUGUAUGCUAAAUGUGGUAAUGCAGGGUAUACGAAAAGAGUUUUUGAGAGGUUGGAGUUGAGGGAUGUACAGGGGUGGAAUUCAAUCAUGUCACUGUAUUUGAGAAGUGGGUUGUUAGAUAGAGUUGUGGAGUUAUUCGGAUCAAUGCGGGAUUUGGGUGUGGUUCCGAAUCCGUUUUCUUAUGCCAUUGUGUUGUCUGCUUGUGGUAGGAUGAUGCUGAUUGAAUUUGGGAAGCAAGUACACUGUGAUGUUAUAAAGAUGGGUUAUUUGUGUCAUUCGUUUUGUGAAGGUUCUUUGACUGAUAUGUAUGUUAAAUGCAAUGCUUUAGGUGAUGCGAGGCGUAUGUUUGAUCAGUUGUGCAGUCCGAGUUUGGUUUCAUGGACUGCCAUGAUUACAGCUUAUGUUCAGAUGGGUUUACUUGAUGAGGCACUUAAAGUGUUUGAAUGUAUGCAAAGUUUAGGUUGUGUUCCUGAUCACGUGGCAUUUGUGACCGUGAUUAGUGCAUUUGUUAAUGAUGGAAGGUUGGACAAGGCAAGAGAGUUGUUUACCCAAAUGCCUCUUCCAAGUACUGUAGCUUGGAAUGUUAUGAUUUCUGGGUAUGCAAAAAGAGGCAACGAGGCAGAAGCUGUAAAUUUCUUCCUAAUGAUGAGAAAAAUGGGUGUACCAUCUUCUCGUUCUACUUUAGGAAGUGUUUUAAGUGCCACUGCUAGCUUGAAGCGUCUUGACAUUGGAUUACCAGUUCAUGCUCAGGCACUUAAGCAAGGGCUUGACCGUAAUGUUUAUGUUGGAAGUUCUCUAUUAAAUAUGUAUGCCAAAUGUCAUAAGCCAGAGUCUGCAAGGCAAGUUUUUGAUUCCUUGGACCAGAGAAACAUUGUGUUGUGGAAUGCAUUGCUUGGGGGCUAUGUACAGAACGGGUUUGCUAGUGAGGUAGUUGAAUUGUUCAUGGACAUGAAAGAUGGUGGUUUGCAAGCCGAUGAAUUUACGUAUACCAGCAUUUUGAGUGCAUGUGGUUGCUUGAAAAGGCUGGAUUUCGGAAGCCAAUUGCAUUCUGUGAUAAUUAAGACCAACUUUGAAUCAAACUUAUUUGUAGGCAAUGCAUUGGUUGAUAUGUAUGCUAAAUCAGGAAGUUUAGCAGAAGCAAGGCAGCUUUUUGAGACUAUAAAGGGUAGGGAUAAUGUUUCGUGGAAUGCAAUUAUCGUUGGGUAUGUCCAAGAGGAAGAAGAGGAUGAGGCUUUUGGCUUGUUUCGGAGAAUGAUAUCUGAUGGUACGCCAGCAGAUGAGUUUGCAAUGGCAAGUAUACUCAGCGCUUCUGCUAAUUUGAAAAAUCUUGCCAGAGGAAGACAGUUACAUUCUUUAUCUGUGAAAUAUGGCUUAGCAACUAGCCUUUUCGCAGGAAGCUCCCUUAUUGAUAUGUAUGUCAAGUGUGGGGUGACAGAGACUGCACGCGAGGUUUUUUAUCGGAUGCAUAAGUGGAGUGUGAUUUCUAUGAAUGCUUUGAUUGCUGGACUUUCUCAGGACAAUAUGGAGGAGGCAGUAAAAAUCUACAAGCUUAUGCUGGCCGAAGAACUAUGCCCAUCCGUAAUCACUUUUGCUAAUCUUUUAGGUGCAUGUCAAAGCCCUUGCAGAUUUAAUCUAGGGAGGCAAAUCCACUGCCUCUUGCUAAAGAAAGGGAUCCUGUAUGACGAUGGAUACUUGGGUCUAUCUCUAUUGGGUAUGUACAUGGAUUCCCAUAGCAAUGAAGAUGCCAAUAAACUUUUCUUGGAGUUCCCUGAACCAAAGAGUGCAAUACUGUGGACAUCUAUGAUAUCCGGUUUAAGUCAAAAUAAUUGCCACGAAGUGGCUUUGGGGGUUUAUAGAGAAAUGCGUAGCUAUAAUGUUUUGCCUGACCAAGCAACAUUUGCUAGCAUUCUCAAAGUUUGCUCUUUUUUAACCUCAUUGAGAGAUGGUACUGAAAUCCACUGCUUUGUUUUGCGCUCUGGCUUUAAUUCAGACGUGUUAGUUUGUUGUGCUAUUAUAGAUAUGUAUGCCAAAUGCGGAGAUGUGAGAAGUUCUGUGCAGGUUUUUGAGGAAGUAGACAGUAAAUUGGAUGUCAUUCUAUGGAAUUCGAUUAUAGUAGGAUUAGCUAAAAAUGGUUAUGUAGAGGAUGUACUAAAGAUGUUUGGUGAAUUAAUGAAGUCACAUGUAAAUCCUGAUGAGGUGACAUUCCUGGGUGUUCUUAGUGCUUGUAGUCAUGGAGGCAAAAUAAGUGAAGGCCGUCAUGUCUAUAAUAUGAUGGUUAACCAGUGUGGUAUUCAGCCAAGAAACGAUCAUUGUGCCUGUAUGAUUGACCUUUUUGGUCGAUGGGGUUUUCUUGAGGAAGCAGAGGGCUUUAUCGAAAAGCUGCAGUUUGAACCUGAUGCUAAGAUUUGGGCCUCAUAUCUUGGUGCCUGCAAAUUACAUGGAGAUGAUGCAAGGGGAAAGAGAGCAGCAGAAAAACUGAUUGAUCUGGACCCUCAUAAUUCAUCAGCAUACAUUUUGCUUUCAAGUAUACAUGCUUCCUCAGGACCUGGUUGCUCCUCCAUGGGAGGUGGUGCAUUUACAGAACUGGGAUCAUUCUUCCACAAGGGUGAUGGAAGAGGCCUAAGGCGAAAUUUGAUGUCAUGGAAUAAAAGCGUCGAAUCUCCUGUUUGUUGAGUCGCCUGCUGGAGUGGGAUGGUCGUAUUCGAACACUUGAUCUGAUUAUAAUACCGGGGAUGCAACCUCUGCUAAGGAUAUGCUCACAUUUUUAGUGAAUUGGUGGCUGAAGUUUCCUGAAUUCAAAUCUCGGGAUCUGUUUCUUACUGGGGAGAGCUAUGCAGGGCACUACAUACCACAACUUGCUGUUGCUGUUGCUGUUGCUGUUGCUGUUGCUGUGUUGGAUAAUAAUGCUCGUUCAAAGAACUCAAAGCUCAACUUGAAAAGACUUUCUAUUGGAAAUCCACUUCUUAUACGAGUUCUUCUGGUCUCAUGGGACCCAUGGUAUCUGAUGGAGUUGGCCUUGCCAUCAUGAAUAAAUGUGAUUUUGAAGAUUAUACCUUUCCUAGUCCUCAUAACGAAUCAAACACCAUUGUUGGAGACUACAUCAACAACUAUAACUUGGGUUGAAAAGAUGCCCGGCCACUAAAAUGAGUAGUACAGAAAGCUUUACACGCAAAUCGGACUAAUCUGCCUUAUGAAUGGUCUAUGUGCAGUGGCAUUCUGAACUACAAUGACAAUGAUGGCAGCUUGGACAUGCUUCCUCUGCUUAAAAGGAUACUCUCGAAUGGUAUUCGUGUUUGGAUUUAUCUAAAUAUAUUAAGAAAAUACCAGAAAGUAAGAUGCUGUAAUGAUUUCUUAUGUUUUGAUGGCAUGCAUGCCUUAACAUCUGUGGAGAUCAAGAUUCUGUAGUGCCACUGAUUGGCUCCCGUACCCUUGUUCGUGAGCUUGCUCAUGACCUUAAAUACAAGGCCACUGUCCCUUAUGCAGCUUGGUUUCACAAAGGACAGGUAGGAGGUUGGGCAACUGAAUAUGGAAACUUACUGACAUUUGCGACUCUGACAUAUGGUACCUUAUGCACAGACAUCAAGGGCUUUGCACCUCUUCAGUUCAUUUAUUCGACUAAAUUAUCCAUGGGUGGUUAACUAGAUUUGCUUGAAACAGAUUUAGUUCUGAAACUACAGCCUGCAAAACUCUAAUAAGAAGAUACUUCGUAGUUUUUAGAUGAUUACUGACUGAUUAGUGCUAAAGUAUACAACUUAGGAUACUUAAAUUUUUCGACAACUUCACCAGCAAGAAAGCUGGUUCAUAUGUCAUGAGUGCUGGAAUCAAAUUCAAAGGAGCAAGAUUCUAAUGAUUAGAGGAUUUGUAAGUUCAUUAAACUUAUGCAGCUUUUUUUUUAAAAAAAAAUGGGAAAUAAUAUUUAUGUUCAACUA